AAGGGGCGGCGAGCCCAGGUCGGACUUCCUCGGAGCCUGGUGAUCGGCGACGCUCCCACCUUCGCCUCCAACUCGCUGCUUCCACCCUGCCCAGUGUCCUCUCGAGUCCCGGACCCGAGCACGAUGUGGAAACGCUGGCUGGCGCUCGCGCUGGUGACCAUCGCCCUGGUCCACGGCGAGGAGGAACCAAGAAGCAAAUCCAAGAUCUGCGCCAAUGUGUUUUGUGGAGCUGGCCGGGAAUGCGCCGUCACGGAGAAGGGGGAGCCGACGUGCCUCUGCAUUGAGCAAUGCAAACCUCACAAGAGGCCUGUGUGUGGCAGUAACGGCAAGACCUACCUCAACCAUUGUGAACUUCACAGAGACGCCUGCCUCACUGGAUCCAAGAUCCAGGUUGAUUAUGAUGGGCACUGCAAAGAAAAGAAGUCUGUGAGUCCAUCCGCCAGCCCCGUUGUCUGCUAUCAAGCUAACCGUGAUGAGCUCCGGCGUCGGAUCAUCCAGUGGCUGGAAGCCGAGAUCAUUCCAGAUGGCUGGUUCUCUAAAGGCAGUAACUACAGUGAGAUCCUAGACAAGUACUUUAAGAGCUUUGAUAAUGGUGACUCUCACCUGGACUCCAGCGAAUUCCUGAAAUUCGUGGAGCAGAAUGAAACAGCCGUCAACAUCACCGCUUACCCCGAUCAGGAGAACAACAAACUGCUCAGAGGCCUCUGUGUUGAUGCCCUCAUUGAACUGUCUGAUGAGAACGCUGACUGGAAACUCAGCUUCCAAGAGUUCCUCAAGUGCCUCAACCCAUCCUUCAACCCUCCUGAGAAGAAGUGCGCCCUGGAGGACGAAACCUAUGCAGAUGGAGCUGAGACCGAGGUGGACUGCAAUCGCUGUGUCUGUUCCUGUGGACACUGGGUCUGCACAGCGAUGACCUGUGAUGGAAAGAAUCAGAAGGGGGUCCAGACCCACACAGAGGAGGAGAUGACGAGAUAUGCCCAGGAACUCCAGAAGCACCAGGGAACAGCAGAAAAGACCAAGAAGGUGAAUACCAAAGAGAUCUAAGAAGAGGCACGUAGCACCUCAUCUGGAACCCAGCACCUCCUCUUCAGCGCUAAGUCCAGUAUACAGCGUCUGUGGCAAUCACCGAAUCACCAGUAUUUGCUUGUACGGCAGCAAAUCUUAUUCUGUUUGUUUUGCAAUAAAGGAAGUGAGGGUGGCUGGCUAGCCAGGGCAGGCAGGCCACAACCUUCACUUCUAGGAAUGCUUUAAGAGACACUAAAGGGCACCUUGGGGCAGGAGGCGAGUAUCCGGUUGGCAGAGGAGCAGAGGCAGGUCUGAAUGAAACCUUUCUGGGGUCAGCUGUGAGGAUACGACAGGAAAAGCAUGUGAUGUUAGGGGGACCACUGAGCUGGCCCUGCUGGAGGAAAUAGGGGGAGCUUGGUGGGGAGGAACCCUGCUGCUUUGACCCUUGUCACCACUGUCAUCAUCCCAGAUCUGCAGCAAAUCUGCUUCUCCUUUUGGUCCCCACAGUCACCUGCAUACACAGUCGCCCCAUUAGUUAGCUGUGUCCCUCAGACUUGGAGUUUCCUGAAGAGUGGGUUUGAAUGAUGCAAAUACUUAACGGACUUCAAGCGCCAUGGAGACCUAACCAAAAUUUUAAAUACAUUUCCCUUCUUUUUUUUUUUUUUUUUUUUUACCAAAGGUGCUUUUUCUCUGUAAAACACUUUUUCUUUUUUGCAAGCUGACUUCAUUCCUCAGUUAUUACCGUUAUAUUAUUGUUGUAUUUUAAUAUUUCAUCUUUUGACUAGAUAUUACGCUUUUGUGAUUAUUUUUUUUUUUCAUUAGUCUUACCAUUUCAGAAGUGGAGGUGAAAGGGGUUUGGGUGUUUCUCCAGGCACAGGGAACUCUAGCACAGAUGCCCCCUUGCCCUGCCACAUCCUAGACUGAACGCAGUCCAGAGCUACCGCACCCCCACCCAUGGCUCCCAGAUGAUCGGCUGGGUGCCACAAAGCACAAGAGGUCCCUCAGACAGAAUCCAUGGGGACAAAGCAUCUUCAUAGACAGUUGAGAUCCAAAGAGUUAAUUUGGUUUCGUUUCUUGUGAGAAGUUCCAAGGACGGAAGCCCAGGCCGUGGCAGCCUGCCGUCAUCUGUGGCUAACGGGCAGAGCGAGUCACUGCGGUCCUAGCCGCUCCUAUUUCUGGGUGUCCGUUUCCUUAGUGAACUGAUAAGGAGGCAUCUUGAGAUUUAAUCAAUGGUAGUUUGUGGUUUAGGCAAUACUCAAGCCCCUUUGUUGUCCUGUUUUAUGUGCAUUGGACGUAACAAAAAAAAAAAAUCAAAACCUUAUCUCAUUUGCAAAGUUCAAACUGUAGACCAUUCGAAUAAACUAUGGAGGUUUUCCUGCAUAGCAAGUACGGGAUGUUGAGAUGGAAGUGGAAGUCCUCCUAAAGAGUGUACCCCGUUCGCACCUGAACGGAGACGACUCUGCUUUCCUGAGCGCUCUGCACCAUCCCCUUCAAAAGCUCUGAGCCCCGCUUCUGCAGUCAGGAUUUCAAACUCCUUCUCCGAGUGCCUUGGAGAGCUCACAGCAGCAAUGCCUUCAUCAAAGGCUUUGCUCGUUCUUGGACAUGAUGGGAGAGGACAGGUAUAUCAGUUCGUUCAAGUAGCAACAGGGUCUGUUGGUCAGUCUCCUUUAGAACAUUGCUUCCAACCAAGACUAUCCCACCCUCUAACACUGAACACCCAAGAGCUAGCCACAUUCCUCUCAAGUUCUGCUGCUUCUGUGUAACUAGGGCAGCUGUUGUCUGAACCACCACAGAUUCCUGUGACCCUUGAACCAUUCAUGAAAAGCUAAGUAACCUGGUUUGGGAAGACUUGGGUUGAGGUUUGCAUGGGGCCAACAAGCAGGAUAGCAUCUACUUCAGUUCCUAGCGUCCUCUAGAAACCUUUAGGCCAAGACUGCAGGCUCCCUGGGCUUGCUCUGUGGUUUGGUUUGGUUUUGUUAACGUCGGUGUCACUCAAGAUCUAGGACCCAGGGAGGUCUUUGCAUAUGCCAGGGCUCUGGAUGCUACUGUCAGUCUUGGGAAGCAGGCUCGUCCGCCGGCAACGAAGUCCAUGUGAGCACUCUGAAUGCCUUGGUGACGCCAAUGACCUAAACAGUUAAACUUCAGAAAACAGUUUCAACAGAUUUCUAUUGCCCAUGUGGUUAUGAAGAUGCGUUUGUAUUUACUAUGCUUCCAUAUUUCAUUUAACUGGUUUUUGUUAUUUCUGAUUUUUGUUACUAUUAAUAAAUAAAGGUAAAACAAAAUAA